AUGCAGAUUCUUAUCCUUUUAAGUCUCGCUUUGUCAAUUCUAGCGUCCCCCUUAUGUGAGCAUGAGCCGCAUGUACAAACCCCAGGCCGCCGCGUGACCUUCACUCAUCCCGGAAUCUUGCACACUCUCGACGAUCUGAACCGCAUGAAAUAUGGCGUUGGCAACAAGACUGAGCCAUGGUACACAGCAUAUCAAAACAUGUCCGGCGACCCGUUGGCGUCUUCGUCGUAUACACUAAAGGGGCCAAUGACAUAUGUGACCCGAAAUGCUACCGGAAGCUCACCUGGAAAAGCACAGCUAGCUAAUGAUUCUGUUGCCUCGCUUCUGAAUGCUCUCAUGUGGUACAUCACAGGUGAGACAGCUUAUGCCGAAAAAUCGGUGGAGAUCCUGAAUGCUUGGGGGGGCACCUUGACUCUGAUAAACGGCACUGACGCCCAGCUCGCCGCAAGUUUGCUGGGUGCACAGCUGGUCAAUGCAGCUGAAAUAAUGCGCUACACGUAUUCGGAUUGGGCAGAUGAGGACAUCUCGACGUUCAAAGAGAUGAUCCUCAAAGUCUUCUACCCUCCUGCUUCUCAGACCACGGCAUCUGCGACACAGGAGUAUCCUUUUCUCGCCAAUUGGGGAACAAGCGGAGAAAAAGCCAUCGUCGCCUUUGGCGUAUUCCUAGACAACGCAACAAUGUACAAUCAAGGACUUGACCUAUAUCAAACCUUCGCUUGCGCAGAUCUCAACAACACUAUCAAUGCGAAUGGGCAAAACUCCGAAUCAGGUCGCGACCAGGCACACACCCAGCUCGGUCUAGGCAACAUGGCCGAGUUAUGCCAAACGGCCUACAACCAGGGCGAGAACUAUUGGGAUCUGCUCGAUUCGCGGCUCAUGGUUGGAUAUGAGUACACCGCUUCGUAUAAUCUGGGCAACACGGUAGACUACGAUCCAAGCUUUUAUCGCUGCGGCGCAGAUCUUGUCGGUGGCCCCUGGAGCGUUAUUUCUGCAACAGAUCGUGGUCAAUGGCGGCCCAUUUACGAGAUUGCAUAUGCCUACUUUGCGCAGGUAGAAGGGCUGAGUAUGCCUUACACUAAGCAAGUUAUAGAAGCGAAUCCAAUUGAAGCUAAUGACGCUACGAAUAAUCUGGACGAUUCAGCAUCCUAUGGUACACUUCGAUUUAGCCGUGGCGUGGUUUAG